AUGUCCCUUACUUCAGCCCCUGGGCCCGGGUGGUUACUCUUUUCCUUUGGAAUGGGGCUGGUGUCAGGGUCAAAGUGCCCACAUACUUGUCUCUGUCAAACCCCAGAAGUGAUUUGCACAGGAAAGCAGUUAGCCGCAUACCCCCCUGACAUACCCCUGAACACUCGGAGGCUGUACCUGGACAACAACAGAAUCACCUAUUUGCCAGCCAUGAAUCUAGGGCUCCUCAGUGACCUUGUUUACUUGGACUGUCAGAACAACCUGAUUCGUGAGGUGAUGGAUUAUACCUUCGUCGGGGUCUUCAAACUCAUCUACCUUGAUCUCAGCUCCAACAACCUAACCUUGAUCUCCCCAUACAGUUUCUCCGUGCUCAGCAACCUGGUGCAGCUGAACAUCUCCAACAACCCUCACCUGUCGUCUCUUCACAAGUACACCUUUGCCAACACCAGCUCUUUAAGGUACCUGGACCUCAGAAAUACCGGCUUGCAGAUCUUGGACCAUGCUGCCUUCCAUCACCUGAUAACACUAAAGACCCUGUAUCUGAGUGGAAAUCCCUGGAAUUGCAACUGCUCUCUCCUGGACUUCAGCAUCUACUUAAUAGUGUCCCAUCUGGACCAACCAGAUUACCAAAACGCCACCUGCGUGGAGCCUGCCGAGCUGGUGGGGUGGCCCAUCGCUGGGGUGGGGAACCCACUCCGGUAUAUGUGCAUCACGCACCUGGAGCGCCAAGACUACAUCUUCCUGUUGCUGAUCGGCUUCUGCAUCUUCGCUGCGGGCACGGUGGCCGCCUGGCUCACGGGCAUGUGCGCUGUGCUCUACCAGAGCGCCCGCCGCAAGUCGGACGAGGACGAGGCCGAGGACGAGCUCGGCCAAAGGCUGAAUGUCGACAGGCCCAUUUUUCAAAACAGGAAUGAGUCGGCCCACGACGGGUUCCCUCAGCUGAUUUAG